AUGAGAUACGGACAGUGGGAGAAUGCUCAGAUUGCUUCUCGUGGGCUUGUGCACAUUCUAGCAUACAUAAGCAAAAAUGAGGAUCCGCAGGAGACUGGCCCUGGUCACGACCACGAGCUGUCACAGACCACCCUCAACCAACGAGGUGAGGCGUCCCCGCAAAAUCGACCACCCUCACCUUCACCAACGCUGCCAAGCUCCGCAAUGGACAUAGCCAGGCUGCAGAAAACGAACUUGAUGACACCCAAACAGUGA